CGUGUUCAGAGCCCACCCUAAAAAUCAAGUCUACUCUGCCAGUCGGCCAGCAAAUGUAUCAACUGCAGUUGUGUACAGCGUUGAUUUGUCCUCUCUGCGGCACCACUGCUGCAAGUCUCCCAGUGGAGAUUGGCUGCAUCAUUGAAGGCUGCCUGUAUGCUGCCGAUAAGGACAGAAAGUACGGAGUACUGUGCAUACAUACAUACAGUACAACACUACAGGUUCCCGGAGCCCGUUCCCGUCCAUCAUCCUACAUACUUCAACCAUUCAACUUCUUGGAUUCGACUGAUCAUGGUGUGUGAUGUGCUUGUUGACUAUCAUCGGACAAGCUGUUAGGGGCAGACAGUCGUCUUGGACACUUAACCGCCCUUCAUAUAUGUCCCCUUUACCCCAUACUCAAAAAGCUAAUGCCCCGUCCAUGUCCAAGGAUGAUGUUCUGGCCUGCCGGCUUGGACCAUUGAACUAUAUUAAAGUAUCUGGAUCGAUAUGUCCAAA